CCCCCGAGAUGGAUCCUGCUGCUGAGAGCCCCCCAGGGACCCUCCCCGGGGAGGAGAGCCCCGAGAUGGAUCUGUCCCACCGGUUCUCCAAGGAAGAGCUGGCCCUGCUCUACCAGGAGGUUCUCUACACCAUCCUGCACCGCCUGGGCAAGCCCAAGCAGCAGCACGUCGGGGAUUCCCAGGAGCUCUACUCCUAUGUGCAGAAGGCUUUUGGCAUGGACGCGGAGGAGCACAGUGCGAUCAUGCAGCAGGUCAUGGAGCUGGAGAGCCCCAUUUACUGCCUGAAAGCCACUGUGAAGGAAGCCAAGGGAAUUUUGGGUAAAGAUGUCAGUGGGCUCAGUGACCCAUACUGCCUGCUGGGCAUCCAGGCCAGGGGCCAGGAACCAGCCCACCCUGACCACAAGAAGAGAACAAAGGCUGUGGUGAAAGACCUCAUCCCCGAAGACCAAAUCCAUCGCACCCAAGUGAUAAAACAGACCCUCAGCCCAGUGUGGAACGAGACCUUCAUCCUGGAGUUUAAAGAUGUGGAGACAGCCAGCUUCCACCUGGACAUGUGGGACUCGGACGUGGUGGAGUCGAUGCGGCACAAGCUGGGGGAGCUGACGGACCUCCACGGCCUCAAAAGGAUCUUUAAAGAUGCUCGCAAAGACAAGGGGCAGGACGAUUUCCUGGGGAACGUGGUGGUUCGGCUGAAGGACCUGCACUGCUGGAAUGACCAGUGGUACCAGCUGGAGCCACGGACAGAGACCUACCCCGAGCGGGGGCACUGCCACCUGCAGUUCCUACUCACGCACAAGAAGAGGGCCACCACGAGCAGCCGGACACAGCCGAGCUACACCGUCCACCGCCACCUCCUGCAGCAGCUGGUGUCCCACGAGAUCCUCCAGCACCAGGCCGGCAGCACCUCCUGGGAUGGGGAGCUGAGCAGCCACGCCAGCACCGUGCUGUACCUGCACGCCACACAGAAGGACCUCUCUGACUUCCACCAGGACAUGGCGCAGUGGCUGGCCUACAGCAAACUCUACCAGAGCCUGGAGUUCAACAGCAGCUGCCUCCUCCACCAGAUCACCAGCAUCGAGUACCGGUGGGUGCAGGAGCGCCUGAGGCCAGAGCAGAAAGCAGAGCUGGCCGAGUCCUUCCAGUCCUUGCUGACCUACGGGGUCUCCCUCAUCCGUAGGUUCCGCAUCAUUUUCCCCCUCUCUGUCCCGAGGUCCAAGGAGAGGCUCCAGUCCCUGCUCCGGGUCCUUGUCCAGAUGUGCAAAACAAAAGCUUUCCAUGAGCUGUGCACACCCAGCCCUGACCUCACCCAGAUGGUCUCAACAGCUCUGAAGUCAGGCACAGCAGAAUGGUUUCACAUGCAGAAGCAGCACCUCAAGCCCAUGGUGAAGAGCAUAGAGGAGAAUAGCAAAGCUUUGUCCAAGCUCCUCCAGGAGGUGAUAGAAGACCUCAAGCAGUGCCAAAAGAUCUGGAAUAAACUGUUCAGCACCAACCUGAAGCUGAAUAUUUUCUCCAUUGCCUACCUGGAGCUGGAGAGCCUGGUCGCGGAGCACGUCCAGCAGCAGCUGCACGAGGUUGACAGCAGCAUGUCCAGACCCACAGCUGAGAGCCUCUUCGAUCUCUACAGGAAACUGCAGGAGCUCUGUCAGAUGAGGGACUCCCUCCCAAACAGGGAUGGACCUCUGGCUCUGAGCAAUUUCCACCAGUGGUUCGAGGAAGCAUUACCCCUGUGGCUGCAGAAGGCCUACACCACCACACUGGAGAGGGCUCAGAGAGCCAUCCAGAUGGACCAGCUGAAGCCUUACGGGUAUCACAAGCACAGCACAUCCACCGUUGACCUGUCCACCUGCUACGCCCAGAUCGUGACAACCUGGCAGCAGCUCAACUGGCCAGACCCUGAGAAAGCCUUCAUGAUCAUGGUCAAUCUCCUGGAGGACAUGUGCAAGAUCUCCCUGAUGUACUGCAAGCUCAUCAAGGAGAGGGCUGAGGCUCUGUCGCUGAGCGAGCAGAACGAGGGCGAGGCGGCCAACAAGCUCUGCAUCGUGGUGAACAACAUUGAGCAGCUGCGGCUGCUGAUGCUGAAGCUGCCGUCGCAGCUGGACUGGGCCCAGCUGGAGCAGCGCAUGAGGGGCAUCAUCGACCCACAGCAGAUCCAGAACGCUCUGCACAACCAACUCCACAGCACCGUGGCCUGCCUGGACCACGAGGUCCAGGACGUGGUGCAAGCUCUGGCUACCAAGCUGGAAAAGGGCAUUGCCAGGCACAUCCAGGAGCUCUCAUCUUCCAGUGACACCCAGAAACCUGAGGAUUCCAUCAUCCCACUCAUGAAGUUCCUGGAGUCGGAGCUGCAGUACCUCAACGAGCACCUGGUCCAGGAGAACUUCAAAAGCCUCCUCACUCUCCUGUGGCAGCACACCCUGUCCGUGCUCUCAGCAGCACAGGGGCCGCAGGUGCCCUCGUUCCAGCACUGCCAGAGGCUGUUCUGUGCCCUGAAGAGCCUGGAGCUGUGCUUCCAUGCCGAGGGCUGUGGGCUGCCGCUGGAGACCCUCCACAGUGCAGCCUUCCAGAGGCUGGAGUCUCACCUGGCUCUCUGCUCCGCCACCAGCCGCAAACUCAUCCAGAAAUACUUCAGCAACAGGAUCCAGCAGCAGCUGGACACCAGCUCCGAGAAGUACGGGGCUGUGACCAUCAAAGCUCUGUACCGGCCUUCGGAGCAGAAACUCCGUGUGGAAGUGCUCAACGCCACCAACCUCAUCCCGCUGGACUCUGACGGCUCCAGCGACCCCUUCGUGCAGCUCACCCUGGAGCCCCGGCACGAGUUCCCCGAGGUGGUGGCCCGGACCACCCAGUGCAAGAGGAACGAGCUGCACCCCCUCUUCGACGAAGCUUUCGACUUCUUGAUCCCCUCCGAGAAGUGCCGGCAGGAGGGGGCCUGUCUGCUGCUGACCGUCUUUGACUACGAUGUGCUGGGGGCCAACGACCUGGAGGGCGAAGCCUUCUUCCCCCUGUGCCACCUGCCGGGCCUCGACAGCGAGGAGGACGAGGCUGACAUGGGACGGGUGCCCCAGAGCCGGCUCCCCCUCACCCACCCCAAGCCCACGGAUGAGAUCCUGCAGCUGCUGGAGUCCAGGAAAAGGGACAAAGAAGCUCAGGCCUUCGUUAAGCUCCGCAAGCAGCGAGCCAAGCAGUCCAAGGAGACAGAGUGAGGGAGGGGCAGGAAGAUGGCCUGGAAGGAGGGGUCCGGCCAGCGAGACCCCGGCACUUCUGUGGUGCUGGGACCAGAACCAUCUGCAGGGAGUGUGGGGACAGAGGGGUCCCUGUGCCUGACCCAACUCACCCCCACCUUUGGCAGCAACGCUCCCAUGAGCCAGGGAGGGUGGGCAGGUGGAUUCCGGGGCAUUUCUUUGCCUGCCUGGACUAGUAACACUACACGAGGGAUGUGAAAGUGUGGCUGUCCCUUUCUGUCCCUCUGGAGCUCGUGACUGCCAGUGCUGCAUCUCCUGGCCGUGUCCCCAACCCUCCUGUCUGCAACAUGACUGACUCAAGCUGGGGACAGCCAUGGCCAAACCUGCCUUCAUUUUUUUUAAAUUUUUUUUUUAAUUUUUAAAAUUUCUUUUCCCCCCUCAUUUUCUUGUGGAUAAGCCUCUUAUUUUAAAUGAAAAGCCACAAAGCUGAUGCGUGGGCUGUGUGCUUUGGGGCAGUGGCCCUGUGCUGGGAGCAGCACAAUGGGGUGGGACAAGGCAUUUGAGAUCUGGCGGGAGCUGAUGAAUUUCUCCUUUUUUAAAAUAUGCAUAGCUGUUGUGUCUGUUUGGUUUUGGUUUUUUUUUUUUUUUUAAUUUUACCACCAAUUUUACCUCCUGGAAGCCUGGGAUCUUGCAGCAAUCAAGAGCAUCACAGCCCUGGCAGCCAAACCAGGAGGUAUUUUGGGCAGCUGACAGUCCAGGCAUGGGGUGCAGGUCCCUGGCAUCACUCCCAGCCUGUGCCAGGGACCUGGGUCCCUCUGGAAUUGGUGGGAAGCCCUGCAGGGUGCAUCCACGUGGGUGACCCAGUAUGACAGCAAAAAUGCAAUGCAGGUUGUUGUAACAAUUUUGUGGGUUUUUUGGAGCUUGUUUUUGCUGCAAUUAGUACUAAUUAUACACCUGGAGCUCCCUCUACCCCCACCCUGCAGGGAGAUGGCCGUGUUUGAGCUGCAGCAGGUCCCUGGGAGCUGCCAGGGACCAGGGAAUUAAAAGCAUCCCCCUCCCGGGUGCCUGAGCACCAGCUGCUCCCUCGGUGGGCAGAGCAGCCGCUGGGUCAGCUCAGGUCAAAUCCUGGAUGCGGGGGUGGGAAAAGAAAAAAGCUCCUUUGGUAUCUGUGUGACAGAGCCCACAGCAGGAGGGAUUAAGGCGCUUCGGGCUCUCAAGGAAGCCAUUUGCUGGCUUAGGUUGCAGUGCAGAGAAAUAAUAUUCCAGAGCUGGGUCUGGGAGUGUGGGGAUACUGUGGUGGGUGUCAUUUCAGCUGGCUCCAGCACCCUGCAGCUCAUCUGGAGCUGGCAGCUCCCACUUCAUUACAAGGUUUACUACACGAGGCUGAAGGUUUGAAUAUGGUCUCAGCUCAUUUUUAGCUGUUUUUAUAAAAAUCACUGUGUCCCACCUUGCCCUGGGCUGGCACCAGCAGGCGUGUCCCAGGGAGCAGGUGGCACAGGCUGACCUCUCAUUUGAGAUUGCUUGCACUGUAUUAUUCAAGGUGUUUUAGCUUCAUUUUUGCUCAGUUCCAGGCACCUGUGUGUGUCUUCUCCCACCCUAAAAGAAAUCCCACCUUUUACAGAGAAAGACUAAUAAACCUUAAUCAGUCAGAGCACAGCUAGCGCCAUGGAGGUGGAGAACAGCCCAAGCAUUAAAAAAUAAGGCUUGAAGCACACAAAACCAGCUCCUAGCAAAUGCAAGAAUGAUGAGAGGAAGAAAUCUCCAUCAUCAUCCUCCUAAUCCUGGUCAAGGACCCGACACAGGCAGAUGGCCAGAACACAAGAGGGAAGGGGCUGGCACUUAGAUCUACUGAUUUUAUUGUGUUACCAAUA